GUGCUGGGGUUACACUGUUACUAAACCGGUAACGCACCUACCCACGCAGGUAACACGGAAACCCAGCUGUACCUUCCCGGCGCAUUUUCUGCCCCUCCAUAAGAUGACGUCGAAUUCCAUCUUCGUAAAGCUUCAACAUUCCGUUUUCUUCUUCCGUACCGACCUAAAACCCAUCAUUCCAGCAGUCAAUCCCACCCAUUCCACCAUCUAGGAGCUCCUUCGAUCCGCCUCGACCCCUCUCCGGGUCUUGGAGAAAGUCCGCCAAUUAAACCUACCUACCUACCUAUCGUACCUCUCCAAUCCGCACCACGAACCCCGGGGCCAAAAAAAAACAGCAAUCGAAACGAAAAGCAAACCGACCACAACAAUGAGCACCCCCCAACCCCUCUUCGGCCUUCUUCCCGCCGGCCAACCCCUAAUAACAACGCCCACCUCGCAACCUCUCCCCUCCAACUUCCUCUACGUAAUCCCCCACACGCCGCCCUCCCCUUCCAACCCCACCCCCAAACCCUUCUCCCACCUCGCCGUCUUCCUGCUCCCUGGAAUCGAACUGCCCCCCGGCACCGCCGCCAGCAUCUACAUCGCCUUAAACCCGUCCGCACUAACCACAUCCUCGGGCUCCGACCCCAACUUCCAAUUCCUCGGCGGCGUCGGCCCGGGGAAGGAAAGCGCCGUGUUCAAGCUGUCGCCGAGUAGUGCGGAAGGCGUGGUCAUCGGGAUAAGCGUCGAAGACGCGGCGGGUGUCGCAGAGAAGAUACGGAUGUUACAUCCUUCCGAAUCGUCUAGUACUGCUGUUGUGCGCGCCGGAGGAGGAGGAGGGAAUGGGGGAGGGGCGCCGUCGACACAGGUGUUGGCGCAGCGGAUAAUACAGAACGCGUUUAAUUUCCUCUCUGGGUUCAGCGGGACGGUUGGGGAGGGGGGAGUCGAGGUUGUGCCGUUGAAGGCGUUUCAGGAGUGGUGGCGGAAGUUCGAGAAUAAAGUCCGGAAUGACCCGACGUUUCUGGAGAGGGAGCAGGAUUGAUUGGGGUGGGAUUUUGGUGUUGGGUAGACCGUAUUGAACGAGAGAAGUACAUAUUGGUAAGCCGCGACCCUACCGCUCCGGAGCGAGAAACUCACUAACACGUUGGAAAUGAAAGGACA